AUGUCUUUGCGCGGAAAGGUUGCUGUCGUCACUGGAGCUUCGAGAGGCUGCGGACGAGGUUGGUUACCGUAUUCAUUUCCUGAAUUAUCUGAAAUUUCAGGAAUCGCUCUACAACUGGCCGAGGCUGGAUGCACUGUCUUCGUGACGUCACGCAAACCACAACAAAGUCUAUCUUGCGAGAUGUCGAAGCUGCCGAAUCUGGAAGAAACUGCCGAGGAAUGCAGAAGACGUGGAGGAAUUUGUCACCCGUACUAUGUCGACCACAGUAAACUGGAGGAGGUCGAGGAAUUCUUCAAGGAAGUCGCCAAAGUGUCAAACAAUCAGCUGGAUAUUUUGGUUAACAACGCUUUCUCGGCUGUGACGGUAAUUUCGGAAACUGCAAAUGACUGGUUUAUGAUCAUUCCAUGAUACCUUCAGAGAUGCGGAUCUGGUGAUUCUGAGAGGUUCUUCGAGAAGGAUCUUGAAAUCUGGGAAGACGUCAACAAUGUCGGACUUCGCAACCAGUACUAUUGCAACGUUUUUGGCACCAGACAAAUGAUGAAAAAUGGAGGCAAAGGACUGAUUGUUAACAUCAGUUCUCUUGGAGGAAUCAUGUCAGUGCCACGUUUUAAAACCCCCUUGUACUGACCCUAGUCUUUUUCAGGUACCUUUUCAAUGUUCCGUACGGUGUCGGGAAGAUGGCUAUCGAUAGAAUGUCCUCUGACAUUUCUCACGAGCUCCGUGAUACUGACAUUACUGUCGUUUCUCUGUGGCCGUCUGCAGUCAGAACCGAACUCAUUGUUAACAUGCUGGAAACUUCCACUGGGUCUUGGGGCAAGGUACCUAGAAAACGAUCUAUUGACAAAAUGACUUGUUCUUUUUCAGACUGAAAAUCAAAUGUUCCUGAACGGGGAGUCGAUUGAGUACUCUGGAAAGGCUAUUGUGGCAAUCGCUUCGGAUCCGAACCGCAAAGCGUGGAGUGGUGCCACGUUGAUCUCGACGGACAUGGGAAACUACUAUUCGUUCAAAGAUAUUGACGGUAAGACGCCACUUUUUUUUAUCGCCUUCCCACGUCCCUAUCCACUUGAAAAUCUAUUUUCGAUGCGCGCGCUUCUAGAAAAAAAAACCCGAUGUUCGUUUUUCUCUUCCUCUUCGUUUUAUUUCCUUGUUCAUACUUGUAGACGUGGCUUUGAAAAAGACGAGAGCCAAGAAGUGGAAUUCAAUUAGCUCGCUCUUGCACUAGCUUAUUUUAGGACGAGUUCCUACCAGUUUGCGAGGACUUCGAGGACUUCUCAUGCUCAGCGGACACUACGCGAUGGCUAGCUGGUGCCCGGCUUGGAUCAACCUUCCCGGAUGGGCUAUCACUCUGUGGCAGAACAAAAUCAAGCACUAA